AUGUCCACCGCCGCCGCCCCGCUACCCACCGCCCCCACACCCGCCGUCGACGACCCUGCCCACGUCCACGGGCUCGCCCACGCCCCGGACUUCCUCGACGCCCUCCCCGUCCUCCGCCCGCGCGCCCCGCCACACCAGCCCAUCCGUGCCCUCAACGCCGCUCAGUUCUCGCGCGUGCAUCUCGACUACGUCACAACCCACGCGCCAGACGGCGUCCUCUUCCCCUUCCUCCAUGGUCUCGAGGGCGACAACGAGCACCAGAAUGCCUUCUUCGCGGCUUCUCCGCAGGCACACACCGUCCCGCGCUUCCGCGGCCUCGUUUGGGUCGCCUGUGAUGACGACGUGAACAUGCUGCCCAGCCCAACUUCGAGCCCUGAUCCGGACACGGACGACGACAUCGACGACGAUUCCUCCAGCACCUCUUCCCUCGAGAGCCUCGGCACCAUGUCGAUGGACAUCGACGUCGACGUGUCUCCGAGCUCGCCCAUGGAACUCGACCCGACAUUGGAAGAUUCCAUCCCCGAGAGCGCUGCUAGUCCUGACGCGAAACUCGAGAAAUCACUUCCGCCUGUCUUGGACGCUCAGCCACAUACCGCAGCACCCCCGCUCUUCCCCUCAGGUCGCGCCCGCUACCCGCCGUAUACGGCACCUGCGGUGCUCACUUCCAGCUUCCGCCCUCGCGAGCUUCUCCAUUCCCGGACGAACGAGGAUGGUACAGUGUCGUGUGCGUUCGUCGAGCCGCGCGUGCCCGACGGGAUCAGCCUGCGCAACUUUGGUAUCCAGGUGGUGAGUCGCUUCGUUUGGCACCAUAUGAUCUCCCCAUCCGUGUCUUGUUGUGUUGCUUUGCCUUGUCGAGUUCGUUACCAGCUUCGCGCUUCCUUUGUCGCCCGCCAUUGUCCGCCUCCCGCGGCAUGGGCGCCUGUCGAAUGCGUCUCCGCGACAGCUUCCGCGCCGCGUGAGGCAAGGCGUGAUCUGCACUCGCCCAAUCCAUUCGCAUCCGUCCCCGGCCUACUGGCGUCCUUAUCUUGCUUUAGUGUAGCUUCCGCGUUCGGUGCCGGUCAGUCGAUCUAUGCCACCCUCUCUGAUGUCGUCGUCUACUCGCCGAAGGGCGACACUCGUGCCGCGCUUGCGCUCGCAGAGAAGUUCAAGGAUGCAAUUGAAGCGAAGCGGGCAGAGCGCAGCGUGGGCUAUGGAUGUCCUACGGAAGCCCUGGUCGCGUACAACGUCUUCGUGCUCGACGCGAGCCCCGCGGAGAUGGCGAAGACGCUUCCGCACCUGCUCGUGCGCAUCGAAGACGUCCCGCUUGCGCAUACAGACGGAACGGACGCACACGCGGAGGGUGAGCCGAGGGACGCACAAUCGGAGGUGGAGUACCGCAAUCGCCUGUUCAGCGUCAACACCGUCGACUUUGCAAGGCGGGAGAAGGAGGAGAUGCGCGACCUAACGCAGGCAUCGGAGAUCGUCACGAUUGCCGACCCCGAGAUGUAUGCGGAGGCGAAGGAGGAGAUGGACGCGCUUUCUGGCUCGACACCCGCGGGCCGAUGGAACCCUGCUGUUGGCCAGGUGUUCCUGGGCAACGUGAACGAUGUGCCGAUCCCGCCCGAUCGUCGGUUCCGUGCGCGCCGCGGAAGAUCGGUGGUAUCACCCUAUGGAGAGGAAGAGGAGGACGAUGGCGACGAGGCUUUCGACUGGCGUACGAACGACCCCGCGCAUGGGCUCGGAUACGACAUCUGCAUCGACUGUCAGGACUUUGUGCCGUUCCCGAGCGCUGCACACGUCAAGGCCGCUGAAGAACACAUCGAGGCGCUUGAGAGAAGAUGGGUCGAGCGUUGCGUCGCCGAACUGGGUCAUGUCUCCCAGAAGGACGCAGAGCAGACGUGUAUCCCGCUCCGCCCGCCACCGAGCGCGAGCGCGGUUAUUCACCUUCCGUUCCCGAGCUCACCCACGAACACGCCGGGCUCGCUGAAUGCCUUGAUGCCUUUUAUGCAGUUCCUCGAGUCCCUCCUUCAGCCUCCACCUGCGAUGACCCUUGCGCAGGCGAGGGCGCUCGUUAACCCACCACCGAUUGAGACCUUCCCGUCGAGCAUGUCUGGCCACCGGCGAGCGUCGACUUCGGCAUUCCAUCCCAGCUCGCUCCCGCCGCCCACUGCAUUCCCCGCAUCGUUCUUCCCUUCCUCACCUGUUCCGUCCGCAUACACUCGCACCCGCUCAACCUCUGCCACUUUCCUGCCCCCGUCCCCGCCAUCAUCGAACACGUCGACAUCGUCCUCGUCGCCCGCACCAUCCCUCUCAUCCUCCGCUGCCACAUCCGCGACGUCCAUGUCGACCCCGCUCCCCGCAUCUUACCACACACGCCCCGUCAAGAUCCUCAUCUUCUCCGCGGACGGGUACACCGAGUCAAGUGUACUCGCGCUCACGCUGCUGAUGGCGUGGCGGAAGCUCUCGCUGCCUGAGGCGUACCUCUGCCUGCAAAACGAGAAGCGGAGAUCGUUCUUCGUGUACAGCGCUGACACGCCGAUGCUGAAGCGUAUCGAGACGAGGAUUGAGAGGGAGCGCGAGAGGGGGUGGGGGAGUAUGGGGCCGGGGAUCGUGCUUGGUGUUGAGAAGGAACGGGAGGAGGAUGUGGAGGAGGUCCGGACGCCGCUCGGUAUUGAGACCUCGAACGAGGUCAUGCAGAGCGACGUCGUGCCUCUCAGACCCGUCGCGGCGAAGUCGGUGUCGUUCGCGGUUCCGCCGGCUCCGCGGCCGGUGACGACCGCGGUCACUGUGCGACCGGUGAGGUCGCAAUCCGAGUCGGAUAGUGGCCCGCUCUACGGUGAGGGGUCUGGGGAGAGAGAUGCGAGUGGCAGGCCGAGAGCGAACACGAUGCCGAUGCCGCGCUCACCGGCGCCGUCAAUACGCGACCACCACGUCUGGUUCAACGACCCGAGGUUCGACGGGAGCUUCCCGAGUCGAGUGCUGCCGUUUUUGUAUCUGGGCAACUUGAACCACGCCACGAACGCGUACAUGCUUCAUGCGCUGGGGAUCACGCACGUCGUCUCCGUGGGCGAGUGUGCGUUGCUCCCUCCGCCGAAUCUGGAAGCCUCUGCGUCCGUGCCGUCGUGUUCGUAUACGGGUCCGUCGUCGCAUGCGCAGUUCAUCCCGGGCACAGGCCCGCGUGGCCAAGGUUCGUUAUGGAUCGAGGAACGUGAGGGCCGCAUCAAGGUACUUGACAUUAAGGGCGUAUGCGACGACGGCAUCGACACGCUUGAGCCGCAGCUUGAGCCGAUUUGCGAGUGGAUCGACAGAGCGAGGGAGGAGGGCGGAAAGGUGCUCGUGCACUGCCGCGUGGGCGUUUCCCGCAGCGCGACUGUCACGAUCGCAUACGUGAUGAAGCACUUGUCUCUGCCGCUCGUUGACGCGUACCUCAUUGUACGCUCGCGCCGUCUGUCGGUGCUCAUUCAGCCGAAUAUGAGACUGCUGUAUAACCUCCUUGGCUGGGAAGUCAAGCUUGCUCGCGAGCGCGCGGGCGAUGAUGGGGACAAGCUUCGCGUGGAGCUCGCGCGGUGUCUCAACUGGCCGUACCUUGCCAAGGAGGUGCAUUUGCUCAACCAGAAGUACCUGCAAUAA